AUGCACCUUCUCCUUCCCUUUGUCGGAUUGUCCCUUUCGGGCCUUGCGUAUGCCAAUUUGAGCAGUGCGAGCGCCUCGGCGACUGUAACGGGCUUCCUCUCCACUUCUUCCGGUACUCUUCAAGUUCCUAAGGGAGCUUCAUGUGCUUGCGCGAAACUUUCUCGGUCUAUGCCAAAGAGCGUAAUUCUUCCUGGUUCGGCAAACUACACGACUCAGACCGUCGAUAACUACUGGGAUAUCCGGGCGGAUCUUUCUCCUGCGUGUGUUUUCGUGCCCAAUACUGCUGCUGAAGUGUCGCAAGCAGUCAAGAUCAUCGGUGCCUGUGAUGCGCAGUUUGCUGUUCGUGGUGGAGGUCACAUGAACUAUCCUGGAGCGAACAACAUUGAUGCGGGAGUUCUGAUUGCUCUGUCAAAUCUGAACUCCAUCAAUGUGAAGGCCAACACCGUGGAGGUUGGCCCUGGCCUCAAUUGGUACCAGGUGUACUCAGCACUUGAGCCUCAUGGUCGUGUCUGCAUCGGUGGCCGUAUGAAGACCAUUGGUGUUCCCGGACUCAGUCUUAUCGGUGGCUUCUACUACUUCAACAACAAAUACGGAUACGCCAUGGACAAUGUGGUCACGUACGAUGUCGUUCUUGGAAACGGAACUCAGAUUACCGUCAACAAGACUUCGCACGGUGACCUCUUCUGGGCCUUGAAGGGUGGUGCAAACAACUUCGGAAUCGUCACCAGAUUCGAACUGAAGACUUAUGCUGUUCCUAAGGUCAGCACCACUAUUCAGGUUUUCAACGAGACAAACAUUCCCAAGUAUCUUUCUGCUGUCUGCGAGGCAGCUAAGCUGGACGAUAAAGAUCCCAUUGCCGCGGGCAUGAUCUCCAGUAUUAACUACAAUGCCACUACUAAGGUGGUACAGGGCUCUAUCCUCGGCGUCCAGGAGGGUGUCAGCAGCCCCCCGUCUCAGUUCGCCAACUUUACCAAGAUUCCAGCAAUCGAAAGAAUCAACAAUGUCACUACUAUGAAGCCAUUCGCUAAUACCCUUGACUCCCCUAAGCAGAUGAUGCGUAUCCAAUUUUCUCACAAGACGAUGAAGCCCGACGCGAAGGUUCUUUAUUCGAUUUACGAGGCUUGGAAAGCCGCAGUCGACAAGAUCGCCGAUGUCCAGGGCCUUUACCCAACUUUUGUUACGAAUGUCAUUUCCCCGACUUCAGUCCGCGUGGCCAAGACCAACGGUGUUGGCAACGUUUGGGGUCUUGAAGAAGAGCCUCUUAUUAUUUGGCAACUCAGUACUGGUUGGGAACUAGCUCAGGACGAUAUUCGCAUGGAAGCUUGGUCUCGUCGAUUGGUCGAGCAUCUUCACGGUAUCAACAAAGAGCUGGGGCUUGCUUCCGAGUUCAUCUACAUGGGUGAUGCUGGUGAAUGGCAAGAUCCUUAUGCGGGUUUCCCCAGUGAGAAUGUCGCUCGCAUGAAAAAGAUCCGGUCUUCUUAUGAUCCCGCUGGAGUUUUCUCCACCCUUAGCUGGGGUGGUUUCAAGCUGGGUCUGUAA